GCGUUAUUUGUUACUAAAGUUGUCAGGAUGAAAACCGCCGUGCUUCUUGUUGCGUUGUUCGCCAUCGCUAGCGCUGAAUGGAUCGAUAUCGAUUGGUCCCAGGUGCGCCCGAUCGAGGAAUUCGAUCACUACUGGGCUCGUUUACCAGCUGAGAUGCAGAUCUACCGCAAGCUGAUUCCUACCCACCGUGUCGUCAACGGCCAGGAGGCUACUCCCGGUCAGUUCCCGUACCAGAUUGCUCUGUUGAGCACCUUCCCCACUGGAACUGGUCUGUGCGGCGGUUCCGUGCUCACCAACAACUACAUCCUGACUGCUGCCCAUUGUGUCAUCUCUGGCGCUACGACUCUGGCUACCGGAGGUACUGCCAUCAUGGGUGCCCAUAACCGCAACGUCCAGGAGGCUACUCAGCAGCGCAUUGCUUUCUCGACUGCCGGUAUUAUUGCCCACCCGGGUUACAAUCCAACCAACAUCCGCAACGACAUCGCCGUCGUCCGUCUGAACUCCCCGAUCACCUUCACCGAUCGCAUCCAGCCUGUCCGUCUACCCGGUCGCUCGGAUACUCGUCAGUUCGGUGGAAUGACCGGAACCGUGUCUGGAUUCGGACGUACUACGGAUACUGGUGCCGCCUCGCCUGUUGUGAUGUUCACCAGCAACCCGGUCAUGACCAACGCUGACUGUAUUGCUCGCUGGAACACUGCCCUUAUUCAGCCCCAGAACGUGUGCCUGAGCGGAGACGGUGGUCGUUCAUCGUGCAACGGUGACUCCGGUGGUCCGCUUGCCGUCCAGGAUGGUGGAAGCCUCCAGAUUGGUGUUGUGUCGUUCGGAUCUGCUGCUGGUUGCUCGGUCGGUAUGCCAUCGGUGUACGCUCGUGUGACGUUCUUCCUGGACUUCAUCGAGUCCAACUCCGACUUCACUGCUGCUGCUUAAAACGUUCGAAAUAUAUGCAUGUGUUUCAUUAAAGGCAAACAAUAAUGGUUUUUUAAUGCACUAUAUA